AUGACUGAUCUGGAUACAAGGAGCGGCGCUAUCAAGAUUUGCUCUCUGCUCUGCAGUGAUUCUACCAAAUCCACAACAUCUUCAGGGCUACAAGUUACCGCCGAGCGUGCCAUUCAGCUGUAUCUGGAAAGAAACCAUGCAGUCCUGGGCGAUUUUGCAGAGAAUGUCUUGCCGGUUAUUCUGGACAGCAGACAGAAAUUCAUGGCUUUCGUACAACCAUAUUCCAAGUCCUGUCAAGAGAGCGGACCAAGGACGGCUUUGUUUAUUGCUAUCCUUAAAGUUGGUCGAGCCAAAUCAAUCUUGACAGACCCUGAAACACUGGACCUUUUCGCAUCAGCAUUUCCACCACUUGCUCCCAAUCUCAACGAUGAAACGAAGUGGCAAUAUUGGUGUAAGCGGAUGUUGAUGAGCGCAGAUUCUGAAGUGCGCACUCUUACAUACGGGUUGCUGGUUUCAUCGCCUGCAACAAAUGCACUUAUCCUACCAGAAACCCUAGAAUGUAUCGCCACCAGCUUGAAAUACCUCCAUGAUGACGCAGGCGCGCACGAGCGAGGUGAGAUUCUGAGCAUUACCAAGAGGCUGCUACGAAGGCUUCAGAGCAGUAUUUCAACGCUCCGGAAACCAGCACAGCUUAUACCUAGUGGGAAUGAUGUCACAAGCCUUUUGGACGCCUAUAGUAGUUUCACCAUGUCUUUCUAUGGGUUUUUGAAAGAGGAGCUGAAUACCGGAAUAUCCUACCCGCGUCACAUUCUUGGCCUACGAUCCCUGCAGCAUCUGCUUGAUCUGGGUCUCGAGCCAGCCUCGUUCGCAAGAGACGAUUGUCUGUUGAAAACCUUGAUAUGUCUGGUGCUGGAUCCGUUCGAAGACGUCCGGAGUAGCGCAGCAGCUAUUCUCCAAAGACUUGCCGCUAAAGACAAUGAUUUGAUUGCGAGCGCUAUAGGACACGGCCUUCUCAAGAAGAUAGAGGCGCUGGUGGUCAGGACGCUUCGAGCUGAUCAUGCGGACGGGAUGGGGAGGCUUUCUGCUCUUAUAAGCAUGCGUCCGUCGCUAAACGAGCCGCUCCAGGACCUUCGGUUUACAGAUUUGGCAAAAGAUGCAUAUUAUCUGGAGCAGUCCACAGCUGGACCAGGAACGGUCGUUCUGAGGCCUGGCUGUGCUAUCCCAAUCCAUGCACUUUUACUUGCCACAAGCUAUCGACUACGGUAUCUUGGCCGGGAGGAUGCACGGAUCACCUCCAUUCGCCCCACGAUUGUCAGAGUCUGUGAGAAUGUCUGGGAACAAGUGCGACUCCAGCUUUGUGUUGAUUCUCCAGAGACCGCCUUCGAACCCGAGGAUGAAAUGGCCAAUGAAGGGCCAAAGGAUCUUCUGGCUUAUUCAUGGAGGGCACUCCGAGAUUCGAGUCUCGUCCUUCAAUCGUUGAUUCUCGUUUCGACGCCCUCUCAGGAGCUGUGUUCUGCUGUCGGGGAUCUUUGCAUGGAUCAAUUGAUUUCGCUCCGGCAUCGAGGAGCUUUCUCAACAGUUGCUCAGACCUUCAGUCAAUGUUGCGAUAAAGUCAGGCUGUCCGCCGAACCAGAUGUGCGUGGUCUCAUCCACAAAUGGUAUCAGAUUGCCUUAAAUCAAAUCAACGAGCAAGCAAAUCGGUUGACACGCCGUUCUGCUGGCCUCCCUGCAAUGAUCGCGGCGCUCCUCAGCCCGGUCGACUCAGACCAUUUUUCUUCCGCGGUUAAGGACCUAAUGGUUAUUGCGGAGCGAGCAAUAGAUGGAUCCCUGAACCUCGAUAUCGAAGACGUGAAACUGCCGCAAGUCCACGCUUUGAACUGUCUGAAAGAGAUCAUGACCAACUCUAAAUUCGCGGUUGUCGUUGUUCAACAUCUCGAGAGAAUGAUGGAGCUUGCUGCGACUUGCCUGUCGUCCAAAGUCUGGGCAAUCCGUAACUGUGGCCUGAUGCUUCUGCGUGCUUGUAUCAACCGUCUUGAUACUUCAAGCAUGGGCGAAGUAGUUGCGUCGACGGAUCGAUCCAACGAGAAAGGGGAAACUAGUGCCCCUUUAACAAUAGCACUCCGUCUCUUUGAUGCAUCGGCAUACGACAUCAACAAAGAUGGGAAAAAGAGAGACACAGAACUCGUUUUCGCAGGCCUCGAUCUUCUCGGACAUACAAUCUUCAAAGGUUCCGAAGCAGACGAAGCAGCGCAGCUUGUCACGAAACACUUGAUGCACUCGACAUGGCCUGUUAGGGAUCAUGCAGCUCUCCUAUUUGCAACCGGCAUACUCCGCGGCAAUCCAGCUGCAGAAAUCAUAAAACUUCUAAAGGAAAUCGGUCUGUUCGGUCCGGAGAAUCAAGUACACGGAAUUCUACUUUGCUGUCGCUACCUGAUGAGGCGAGCUGCAGCCACUAUUACGUGCGCGGAGCUCGAGUCCAUCCUCGAGUACCUCAUCGACCCGAUGGUAUCUUCGAAUGAGGCCCUAGUUCCCCACUCACCAUACGUCUGUGCUGCAUGGUUGGAUUUGUUGAACGAUGCCGCUUCCUGUGUUCUUGAAAAUCAGUGGGCAAGUGAUGUACGUGGCAUCCAACGCUUACAAGGGCACUUUCCGCGCGCUGCACAGAUUGAUCCUGCGCAUUAUGCGUACCUAUCUGAACGGAUACUGCUUUGCAAAACUUAUCACAUCCUCACAAGAGACCGAAAUCUCGACGGCAGAAGCAAAGAAGUACGGAAUUUGGCCAGUCAGUUCUUAGAGAACAUCGAUGCUCUAGGUUUCGUCCUGGACGUCCUGAGUCAAAAGCAUGGUCGUAAUCCACCCCGGAUUUGCCUCGAUCUUCUUAUCUGUCUUGUCGAGGACAGAAGCCAGCAUUCGUUUCUUCCGCCAGCCAUCCUUGAGCAAAUGUUCACAUGUUUGGAGCAAUGCCUGAAUCAUAUUACGGACAUAUCCAUCGAUGUCCUAAGAACACUUUACUACGGCCUGGACUUGUCCCAAAUGCAUACGACGCGGGAUUUAAGGAAUGCAACCCUGAAACUACAAGCGUCAUUGUUGGGAAGAAUGCAUACCGCACCUGGUGGUUCCUUUACGGAGACAGAGUACCUCGAAGCAUGGCUCCACGAUCUUCAAGACAUUUCGACCGACUAUUUCGACUAUUCCACAAGAUUGAGUGCUAUAACAGCAAUUUCCACCUACAUCGAACGUCUGCAACCUGUCGGCGCAUUGGAGCUCCCAUCUAGCUUUAUGAUGAGGCUUCUCCUGGUCUUGUAUGAUCUGUUGAAUGAUGAUGAUGAUGAAAUCCGGUUCGAAGCAACUCAUGCGGCUCGUGGCCUCCAGUUACAACAGCUGAGUGCAAACGACAAUGUGGGCAGCAGUGCCCUUGCAGCAAGGGAAAGCCUGCUGUCUGAACUUUCACGCCAAUUCGGACAGUCAUCGAGUCUUAGUGAAGCUGCCAUUGUCAAAAUUAUGAGCGUCGGACAGAUCCCUAGCGACUCCUCUUCUCAUGUCGGACCACUUCCUUUCUUCGAUACCUCAUUAAAUUCGAGACUGCAGAGCAUCUCGAAAUCGAAGAAUGAUUUGUUUGCCGAGGAAAGACAGAACCUGUACAUGGACGAUAUUCGUGAGAUCAAGGAGUGGAUAGAGAUACUACAUAAUGGAAAUUAUUCGUUUCAAACUCGGGAUCUGUCGAGGUCAGUGAUGAAAUGGAUACUGGAGGGUCUGGAGCAAGUACUUCAAGUCCUUGAAGCUGACCGAAUCAUACACCUUGGACUGGAAGACAACACGCACAAGGACACGCCUUUCGAUCCCCGUCUCGAGUCGUUGCUUCUGCAUCCACUAGGGGUAACCUAUGACCACACCGUCCUGGUCUUGAUGGUUCAGGUGGUCAGCUUGGCUGGAGUUCUCAUUCACCACGACACAGUCUUGGAGACACGACAAAUGCGGGCUACUCUAGAGAAAAUCCAGGGAAUAUGCAGGACUUCACGGGUCAAUCCGGUAAUGUUGGGUGCGGUCGAACGCGCGUUGCGAGGAGAGUGA